CGUGUCCGGGUCUUUACUCACGUGCUGCAACAGCCAUGCGUCCUACGUACAGCAAGACGACAUAGCCAACAUGUUCACACGGUUCGACGCGAGCAAAUCGACCAAGGGCGCGUCCAAACUGCGGCGUGAUCUGAUCAACGCGGAGAUCGCCAACCUGCGCGACUUGCUGCCGCUGCCCCCGUCGACGCGCCAGCGCCUCUCGCAGCUGCAGCUCAUGGCGCUCGUCUGCGUCUACGUCCGCAAAGCCAACUACUUCCAGCAAGUGUUCAAGAGGCAUGACGUGGGCCUGCACCACGUACCGACGCCCAACAUCGGCUUCUCCAAGGCGCUGAGUGGCUUCCUGAUGAUGAUGACACAGAACGGGAAGCUGCUCUACAUCUCGGACAACGCGGCGGAGUACCUGGGCCACUCCAUGGAAGACCUGCUGAUCCACGGGGACAGCGUGUACGACAUCAUCGACAAGCAGGACCAGGCGGCGGUGCAGGCGGAGCUGGCCCGCCAGGCUGCCGCGCCGGGGGACGACCGCCGGCUCUUCCUCUGCCGCAUGAACGUGUCGCGCAACGCCCGCCGCCAGAUGCGCUUCGGCGACCAGAAGGUGGUGCUGGUGCAGGGGCACUACCUGUCGUUCCUGCCGCUGUGCUCUCGCAACGAGCCCGUCUUCCUGGCCACGUGUACGCCAGUCGCCAUGCCCGAGACGCGCGAGUGCGUCGUCCAGGGUGCCACCAACGUCUUCACCUCCAUCCACGCCAUGGACAUGAAGUUCAUGCACAUCGAUAAGAACGGCGAGUUCCACCUGGGGUACCCUCGCGCCGAGCUGCAGGGAGCGUCGUGGUACCAGCUGCUGCACUGGGACUGCAUGCGGGAGGCGCAGACCAAGCACCGCCUCAUCACGCAGUCGGAGCAGGACCGGUCGUGCAUCCUGCUGCUGCGGCUGCAGCGGCGCGCCGGCGACUGGCUGUGGGUGCACUGCGUGCUGCAGGUGAAGGACAGCGUCGACAGCAGCCAGCAGCCCGUCAUCGUCUGCACCAACCAGGUCCUCAGCGACCGUGAGGCGGCGGUGAUGCGCGCGAACGGCUGGCUGUACCACUACUACAUGGUGCAGAGCAAGCUGCAGUACGGCCUCGCGCUAGAGGCUCACGCCGCUUCGCGCAUGGCGGCCGCAGCCUACUACCACCACGGCGCCCCGCAGCCGCCGCCCGCGCCGGGGCCACAGGUGGUGUCGCCGUACCAGCAGCCAGUGCAGCACCAGCCGUUGCGGCGUGCAGCAGUGAUAGUGAAGUGCGCGCGUGUUGCAGUGGAGAGCCCGGUGCCCGUGGACUACUCGCGACACGCCCACCACGAGCCGCCGCCCGCAGACGACGUGCACCGGCGGAAGCUGCCGCGCCUGCUGAAGCCCGUCUCGCCGGAGCUGCUGGCGGCGGCGGCGGGGCGUGCCCGCGCUCACGUCAAGGCGGCCGCCGCCGACCCGGCGGACCUCAUGGAGCAGUGGAACCCCAGCCCGCCCUGGUCCGACACGGCUCUGCAGAAGGUGCCCGACAUCAGCCACCAGGAGCUGAGCCCGUACACGACGUGCACGCCGCCGACGCCGAGCGGCACCCCGGCGCACCCGUCGGCGAGCGCGUUCACGUUCGAGUGGUCGGCUGCGGGCGAGCAGUACGUGCCGAGCGGGGGCGGGAGCGCUUCCGCCGCUGGCCGCCGCGCCCGCGCCACCCCCUCACGAGGAGCCGCCGCCCUGGCACCAGCUGCACCAGCCGCACCAGCUGCACACCACCGCCUCUUCCCUCUGCAGCCGCCCCCGCACCCGCAGCGGCCGGCGCACUCGCCAGACGACACGCCACCCGCCAAAGAUACUGAACUUACAGAACUACACGUAAGUUGCAAUAUUAGUAGCUCCUCCUUCUCCUCCUCCUCCUGCUCCUCCUUCACCACCAUCACCACCACCACCACCACCACCACCACCACCACCACGAUUGAGGCUAUCUGA